CAAGGCCAUGGGUGAGUGGCUGCAGUGCCUGGAUGGGUUUAUAAAGGGAGAGGAACCAGCAGGAGCACCCAGGUGUGACAGGAGGGAGAGGAGCUCCGAUCUCCAGAGCCCCGUGGCUGCACUCCCAGGCUCUCAGGAUGAUUUCGAGGAAGGUGGUGGCCAGUUUGCUGCUGGUGUCCCUGCUGUCCGUGCUGGCUGAGCAGACCCAAGGCUUCAUGCCCUUUUUCACCCAGAGCGACUUCCAGAAAAUGCAGCUGCAGGAGAAGGAGAGGAACAAGGCAGGGCAGAAGAAGUCCCUGAGCUCGCUGCAGCAGCUGGAGGAGGAAGGUUUCUCUGAGCAAUCCGGUGUGGAUGUCAACACAGCCAAGACCCUCCAGCAGGCCCUUCCUGUCAGAGCUUGGCUCACCCCAAGGCAGCUGGAAAAAUACCAAGAUGUCCUGGAGAAACUGCUGGCAGAGCUGUUACAGGACACCCCAGACGCUGACUGAUAUCUGCAGGAUCAGAAGAGAAAGCGUUGGAGCUGCUCAAGCUGAAAGACUCCACUUAUGUAAACGAAAUCUGUGAGAGAGAUUAACAAAAUCUGAGGUGAGAUAAUAAAUGUGCAGCAUAAUUAAA